AUGUUAUUUGUUUUUACUUUGUUGGUACUUUCAAUUGGUUUCGACGAACUUGUGGAUGACUAUGACUUCGAUGAUGAUUUUGAACAACCGGGAGCAUCUGGAGAAUGGAAAUUUAAAGGAAAAAAACAAAGAGAAAGAGAAGAACAAGAAAAAAAAGAGAGAGAAGAAAAAGAAAAAAGAGAAAAAGAACGAAAAGAACAAGAACUACUUGCCAUUAAUUCCCAACCACAAACACCUGAACUUCAAAUACUUUUGGACGAAUACGAAAAAUAUUUAAUAAGAUAUUUAGAAAAUAUGGCAAAGUUUGAUAGUGUCAUGGCUUCCAACGAUAAAGUGUUUAAACCAAAGACGGUGGAAGCAGCAAAUGCAGUCAAAAGCAUAGUGACCAAACAUAAAGACGAGAUUAUCGCAACAAAGGUUGCAAACAAUGUUGGUUCACUCAAAGAAUUGGGAAGAAAAAUGGUUUUAAUUUUUGAAGGAAAUGAAUUUGAAAAUUGUUUUGGUGAAUUGUUAAGAAACCAAAGACUAAGGGAUAAAAUAACAAGAAGGUUAGAAAAAAAAUUAUCGGAUGAUAUCUUUAUGUGGUUCGGAUUCUUCUCAUCAUUUUUAGUAAAGACAGCCAAAUUCUUAAAAGAUAUUUGCAAACAUGAACAAUUCGCUUGUAACGAGAAUUUUAGACUUUUAGAAAAACAGUUUGAAAAAAUGUAA